CGCCCCUUGCCCCUGUUUUCACUUGUCUGUGGAAACUGAAGUAAUUGUAGUAAGCCGGGUUCGGAGAUGGCUUUCUGUAGUUUUUUUCGUGGUGAAGUAUAUAAAGACCAUUUCAGCCCGGGCUUGUAUGUGUGCUCCAAAUGUGGCUAUGAGCUGUUUUCCAGUGCAAGCAAAUACCAACAUUCUUCUCCAUGGCCUGCAUUUACCCAAACCAUUCAUAAGGAUAGUGUCUCCAAAAAGGAGGAGCGACCAGGUGCCUUAAAGGUUUCAUGUGGAAAAUGCAGCAAUGGGUUGGGACAUGAGUUUCUUAAUGAUGGACCAAAGGGUGGUCAAUCACGCUUUUGAGUAUUUAGCAGCUCGCUGAAAUUUAUUCCCAAAGACAAGGUUGAUGGAGCCUUGCAGAAUAAUUAAGCGAGCAACUUCAUUGAGAAAGUUAAUUUCAUCUUUUUCUGAAAUAAGAAGAAACAUCAGCAGAAGAUAGAAAAAAUAACUGUCUUGUGUUUUAAUGGAACUUGUCCAGUAUAUGACGUGUCCAGUUCAAAUUCUUUAGAAUGACUGUGACACAGAUGAUCAAUGGAUUAGUAUUACAAAAUAUGCAUAAGUGAUCAUUUUUAGCUUUGUUUGCAUAAUGCAUUUUGAGUAGUGCACAGGUUAUAACCCUGCAGGUAAUUACACCCGUUAACAACUCUAGCAAUGACCUAUGGAUGGAAUUUUACAUUAAUUUAUUUGUGAGAAAGUGAAACUUCCAAUGAACCAUGCUGAUAUCUGAAUUUAAAACAAAACUUAUGCAGUUAUAGGA